AAAUAAAAAGAAGCUUGAAGAGGUUCAUUGUCUAAAACCUAAAUCACGCUCCACCCCUGGUCGUCUUCACGCCGGCCACCUCCGCCUCCGGCCUCCAUAGCCGACGCCGACGCCGACGCCUCCCCCUUCUUUCACGGUGUUAACGCCACCCGCUUGAGAAACAAAGUCAAUGGAGUCAAAGUCACUAGUCAAUCUAACGGGUACAGCUAAGGCUGCAAAAUAUGCACCACCACUUGGCUUAGUUGACAUAGGCGAAAGCAAACAUGCUUACAUCUUUCGCGUCUCCUUACCCGGUGUCUGUAAACCUCAGUGCAAUGUAAAGCUGGAUAUCCGUAAUGACGGGCGGGUCGAAAUCGAAGGAAUUAUUCAAGAAAGCGAAUUUAUCAACAAACAUUCCAACAACAAAUACAAACCAAAACUCCAACAACUACCACCUUCCGGAAGCUUCAACAUUAUAUUUAACCUACCUGGACGCGUUGACCCACGGUUGACCGUUCCCUCCUUCCGGAACACCGGAAUACUCGAAGUGGUUAUCAUGAAACACAUCACACCCAACAACUCGGGAUAGGAAGCCAUCAUGUAGAGCCCACACAUCCCUUCGGACUUCCCGGUUUUUCUCUUCAUUCUUAUGUAUCCUUUUUCACCCCAUUUUGGUCCCCAUGAGUUUCUCACUAUCACAUAAUCCAGUCCCUUGGUUGUCCCGUAUCCAACGGCUGCUACUCCAUGAUCCAAUUCGGUCCCACAAUGCCCAUCAAACACACCCUACACAACAUUUUAAUUUAUUAAGUCAUUCUAUUCUGAUUAAGUAAAAAAGAAACAUCCAGGUAUACAAGUUGAAACAUUUUAAACUUAUUAAGUCAUUCUGUUCAGAUUAAGUCGAAAUAAAACAUCUCUUAAGUCUUA